AUGUCGGAACUGAAAGACGACGCAAUCUACGCCGCCAUCGCGCACGGUGACACCAUUCUGUGCCAGCAUGACUUUGCCAAACGAGAUCCCAAGGAGGUGGUGCAGCUGGUGCUGGCGAAAAUCUCCCCUGGAGAGUCCAAGAAGGCCUCUCUAAUGUACCAGGAUCUGUCGAUCCACUACAUAACCACACAGGCGACUUCCGAUACGCCCGAGGGCGUGACGUUUAUCCUCAUCACCAAGGAGUCGUGCGGCCGAAAGGCCCCCUUCCUGUGUCUGCUGGAGCUGGAGAAGAAGUUCAACCAGCAGUACAGCUUGCAGACAAUCGGAAGCGCCUCCAAGGAUAGCCUCAACAAGUUCGAGGGCGAAAUGGUGACGCUUGUCAACUCGGGCAAAUACGAAGACGUGGCCAAGGUGGCCCAGUCGGAGAUCAACAAGGUCAGAGAUAUCAUGGUGGAGAACGUGGAGCAGAUUCUGGAGCGAGGAGAACGAAUAUCGUUGCUGGUGAACCGAACCGACGAAAUGACUAACAACGCCGUGGCGUUCCGCAAACGAAGCACCCAGGCCAAGAGAAACUUGUGGUGGAAGAACGUCAAAAUGGGCGCUCUGUUGGGCACUGGAGUGGCGGGUCUUGUCUACGUAGCGAUUGGCUCUGUUUGUGGCUUUGGUUUCCAGUGCGUUUAG